CGGGCGGGCGGGAUGUACCGGGCCCGGGCGGCGCGGGCGGGGCCGGAGCCCGGCAGCCCGGGGCGCUUUGGGAUCCUCAGCACCGGGCAGCUGCGGGACCUGCUCCAGGACGAGCCCAAGCUGGACCGGAUCGUGCGGCUCAGCCGGAAGUUCCAGGGUCUGCAGUUGGAGCGAGAGGCGUGCCUGGCCUCCAACUAUGCACUGGCCAAGGAGAACCUGGCCCUGCGGCCUCGCCUGGAGAUGGGCCGGACAGCCCUGGCCAUCAAGUACCAGGAGCUUCGAGAGGUGGCAGAAAACUGCGCCGACAAGCUACAGCGGCUGGAGGAGAGCACACAUCGCUGGAGCCCCCACUGUGCGCUGGGCUGGCUGCAGGCGGAGCUGGAAGAGGCCGAGCAGGAUGCUGAGCUGCCUUUCUCCCCUUUGCAGGUGCAGAUGGAGCAGCUGCUGCUGGGGGAGCAGAGCCUGGAGGCCUUCCUGCCUGCCUUCCAGCGAGGCCGGGCCCUGGCACACCUGAGGCGAACGCAGGCUGAAAAACUGCAGGAGCUGCUGCGGCGCCGCGAGCGCCCCCCCCAGCCAGCCCCCACGGCAGCUCCAGAUGCCCCCAAACCGUUCCCACCCGCAGCUGUCCUGCCCACUGGGGCUGCCCGGGGGCCACCAGCUGCACCCCGGAGCCUGCCCCCUUUGGACUCCCGCCCAGUGCCCCCUCUGAAGGGCUCCCCCGGGGGCCCCCUGGGCCCAGCUCCUCUGCUGAGCCCUCGGCCUUCGCAGCCAGAGCCCCCCCAUCGGUAGGGUCUGGGGUGUGGCCCCCCUAUGGGGGCCCAGACAAACUUGAUUAGUGGCUCCUCCUCCCCCCCCUCUGCCUGGGUGGGGGGAGGGGCAGGCCCCUCCCCCUGGCCUCUGGCAGGCCCUGGCCCUGGAGGCCAUGCUGGGGAGGAGGGUCUCCCCAAGAGGCCCACUGAGGGCUGGGGGUGGGUGGGCGCUGAGGAAACUGCCUUUUUGGUCUCCCUGGCUGGGGCCUCCAGGGUGAGGGACCAGCCCCAUGACAGAUCCACUCACCUGUGGAGGCCAGGGAAGGUGCGCACCUCCCUGGGCCCUGCCAGGGCACCCGUGGCACCCUACGUUUCUGCUGGGCUCAAGCAGUGCCAAGGCUAAGGCAGACAGGACUGCCCCUCCUGGGCCUGAGCCCACCUUUCCCCCAAUUCUGGGGCCCACCGCCUAGGAGCCGGGUGGUUAGCCCCCAGUGUGACGUGGCCCCCAGGCCUCUGCGGGCACUACCCAAGCUGCAGAGCCUAGGGCAAGGUAGGCCAGGACCUCUGACCUGCACAGGGUAGAGUGGGUCGUCCCCAGGAAAGACCGAUCUGUAUUUUUCUGUCCCUGUCUCCUUAGAAUGGAAGCUUUUUGAGGGCAGGUCCUUGUGUUUGUAUGUUCUGUCCCCAGCCCCGCCUCCCAGGGGCCGUCAAUAAAUGUGUUGAUGAAGAUGA